UAAGGUUUAUUGACAAGGUAAUUAGCCAGAUGGGACCCCAUAGAAGUCCGGGUGUUCGGGAGUGGCUUUUUGGAGGAUUUUUGAUAGGAGUAGGCAACUGCUCUAUUUUUUAUUCACACACAGGCUCACAGAAGAGGUCAGCUCACCGCGUACAACCUUGCGAAAGACUGAAAAUCACAAUCUGACGGAGGGAUCCGCGGCGCUACCAUUGACAGCGAUGGAGUCCAGCAGGAAGCACUGAGGGCUCCUGCUGCUUCAAGCAGUCGGAUGACCACUGUCCCCCAUGGCGCUCAUCCACGAACCUCGUGCUCCCUCCCCCUCUCUCUCUGGCUUUAACACGCCCCUCUCAGACCCUCCGUCCUUCCGUCGCCUCGAUGCCGAGACGCCGUGCACCCCGGAGAUGGACCUGACCCCGACCCAGUGUGUCCUCCGGAACGUCAUCUCCAUAGACACCGGGGAGGCAGUGGAACCUGGCGGCGGGGGAGGAGAAGGCCCGACAGCCGGGCACAAUCAGACGCCGAGCGAGGACCAGCAGGAGCACUUCAACAACAGCGUGCUGAAGCUCCACGAGCAUGAUGGGAGCUCUGGAAGGACAGAGGGACAGGGGCCGGAGUCGGACAGCGCUGUGGUCAGGAGCCAGGCGGACGACGCCAGGUUACAGUGCCAGUCCACGGGAGGUGGAGGAGGCUUUCUGGAGGGGUUGUUUGGUUGCUUGCGGCCCGUCUGGACCAUGAUUGGCAAAGCUUACUCCACAGAACACAAACACGACCUCGACGAGGAGUGGGAGGUCCCAUUCGAGGAGAUAUCGGACCUGCAGUGGGUGGGCAGUGGAGCCCAGGGGGCCGUCUUUCUUGGCAAACUGCACGGACAGGAAGUGGCUGUGAAAAAAGUGCGUAACAUAAAGGAGACAGACAUCAAGCACCUACGGAAGCUCAAGCACCCCAACAUCAUCACUUUCAAAGGUAUCUGUACGCAGGCUCCUUGCUACUGCAUUAUCAUGGAGUACUGUGCUCAGGGUCAGCUGUAUGAGGUGCUAAGAGCAGGAAGGAAGAUCACCCCCUCCCUGCUCAUGGACUGGGCAAUGGGCAUCGCUGGGGGCAUGAACUACCUUCACCUCCACAAGAUCAUCCACAGAGACCUCAAAUCCCCCAACAUGUUGAUCACCUACGACGAUGCUGUGAAGAUCUCUGACUUCGGAACGUCUAAGGAACUCAGCGACAAGAGCACCAAGAUGUCUUUUGCAGGGACUGUUGCCUGGAUGGCUCCGGAGGUUAUCCGGAAUGAGCCGGUGUCAGAGAAGGUGGAUAUCUGGUCAUUUGGCGUUGUGCUGUGGGAGAUGUUGACAGGCGAGGUCCCCUACAAGGACGUGGACUCCUCUGCUAUCAUUUGGGGAGUCGGGAACAACAGUCUCCAGCUGCCCGUUCCUGAUAGCUGUCCAGACAGCUUCAAACUGCUGCUAAGGCAAUGCUGGAACUGUAAACCAAGGAAUAGGCCCUCGUUCAGACAGAUCCUGCUGCAUCUGGAUAUCGCAUCAGCAGACAUACUGUCCACCCCACAGGAAUCCUACUUUCAGUCUCAGGUGGAGUGGAGAGACGAGGUCAGACACCAUUUUGAGAAGAUCAAAUCUGAGGGCACGUGCCUUCACAGGUUGGACGAGGAGCUCAUCAAACGGCGUAGAGAGGAACUCCGGCACGCUCUAGACAUCCGAGAGCACUACGAGCGCAAACUGGAAAGAGCCAACAACCUCUACAUGGAGCUCAACGCCAUCAUGCUACAGCUGGAGAUCAAAGAGAAAGAGCUGCUAAAGAGGGAGCACUCCCUGGACAAAAAGUACCCCGGAUGCUUCAAGCACCACAGUUCCAGACAGUCGGCCUCCUCUAACUCGAUGGAGAAGCUCAUGAAGAAGCGCAGCGUACCUCAGAAGCUUCCCUCCCACAGCAAGAGGCCAGAUCUACUUAAGCCAGAGGUCAUCCUCCCCAAAUUGGACUCCUCCAUGACUCAGGUCACCAUUCCCAGCAAAGGCUCCACAUCCCCUGGCCGCUCACGCCGAGGGAAACCCCGCUACAGGAAGGCUGGCAAAGGCAGCAGCGGGGAUUUAGCUCAACUCAAAGCCACUCUGUCUUCGUCUUUAGCGAUGAUCAACUCCUCUGUGUCCAGCACCAAGCAGCGUUUAGACCCCACCGCGGCCAUUAGAGGCUUGCAGCACGACCUGCUCCUCAAGAAGAUGUCCUCCUCCAGCCCCGAUCUCAUCUCCACCACGCUGGAGGCCGAGGGCCGGAGGAAAGGUCAGCUGAGGCCGGGGCUGGACAGGGCGGGCAGCCAGAGCGCCUCAGCUGGGCUGGAAGAGAGCAGAGGCCCCGAAGAACCGGCCGACAGGCCCAACGUCGGCGUGGGGAACGAUGACUUGGUGGAAACGCCUCCACGCAGCGACACGCCCAGUGAAGACGCGGCGUCUAUCCCGUUCUCCAGCAGCCCGGACUCUCCCUGCGGCAGAGGAGCCACCGCGGGGAGGACGUCCGUACUGGGGAGCACUCGGGUGCCCUACGACGGAGACGAGAAGGAGGAAGGAACGGUGAUCACACGCUCCCCCAGGAGUCAGCGCCUCACUCCUGCAGCACUACUCUACAGGGCAGCAGUGACCCGCAGCCAGAGACGAGGACUGUCAUCGGAGGAAGAGGAGGGAGAGGCGGACAGCGAAGUGGAGGCGCCACGGAGACGGCGGCCUCCCGUGGGCAUCCCCAAAUGCCAGUCCCUGUCGACCUUUAGCUCGGAGAACCUGUCGGUGUCUGACGGCGAGGAGGGCAACACCACUGACCACUCCCACAGCGGCACGCCCGACGUGGUGAGCACCAACACUGACGAGCGCCUGGAUGACAAAAGCGACGACCUGCUGUCCCAGGGCUCCGAGAUUCCCGCCGACCCGUCUGACCCGGCCCAGCUGGGCUCCGACGGGUUAUCCGAAAAGGAGGCCGCUCUGCAGCGCGUGAAGACGCAGCUCGCUUCAGACGAACAGAAUUAUGAGCAGUGCCUGUAUGAUGAUUCGGACUGCGACAGCACCGAGCUGGACCAUUCAUGCGGCACCGAACCCACCCAGCCUCCAACCAACUGGUGAAUCCAGCACCUCAACCCCCAUGACUUUUGUUACGCCACAAAAGCAGACGUUUUAAUCCGUUACAGCGAGAAGAGAACAUGUUUUUAAAAAACUAUAAAAAGGAAGAAUCAAGUUUCCGUUAUUUCAUCACAUCUAACUUACCUGGAGCACUUGCAGAGCCAACAGAGCCGCUUGUAAUUUCUCUACAGCAACAGACCGUUUUUUUUUUUUUCACAUCUGCAGAAAAAACUACAAAGACUAUUAACUGUUUAAUGAUUUUUACUUUUGCUUAAUUUUUUAUGUUUAUUGUCCAUCAUCAAUACUGUCAUCUUAUUUAUAAUAAGUUUAUGAAUAUAUGAGGUUUUGGGGAAUUGUUUAACAUUUUACUAUUUAAAUAUUCUUGUUUCUUCAUCGACUUAACCUCCGUUCCUUUAAGAAAUAUGCACUAUUUUAUUAUUUUAGAACAAAUUCCAUAAAAAAACAUGUUUACAUUCCUUUUUUUAAAUCGUUUGCCAUUAUUUAUACUUGUGUUUUAUGUAUUUAUUAUUUUUUUUAUUUUGUAAAAAUGUCAAAUUGUUUGAGAUUGUAUCAUUGAAGGUGCUGACAGUUUCCGCUAGGUGGCACUGUUCUAUAUAAACCUCUUUGAAGCUUAUGGUAGUGGAAUGUAACUUUAGCUGCUUUUUUAUGUUCAAGCCUCAAAAAACAAAAAGCAUUUUGAGAAUCAAAAGAGGAAAAUGUAAAGAAAGAAAGAAAGCAAGCAAUAUGUCUGCUCUCAUUCCACUGCUGGGUUCUGGAUUUCUGCAGAUUUCCUGCUUCUGCUGUUUUUUUAUGUUUUUUAUUAUUAUUAAUCAAAAUUAUAUCAAAAUAUGACCUUAAGUUUUCAGGAAAGUUCUAAAUCACUUGGUGCAAAUACUUUAAAUAUUUGAAUUUCUAUGAGAACAAAAAAGGAGACUACUGAAUGACUGAAGGCACAACAUAUAUAAAUAUAAAAAAAAGCAACAUAAACCUUUAAAAUUACAUUAUUAAAGGAAUUGGCUAAUAUCUUUUGUUGUCAUGAUAAUACCAAUAAUGCCAUUUAAUGCAUUAUCUCCUGCAAAGAUUUUAUAAAAUCUAAUAUUGUGGAACUUAUUUUUCUGAAAAUUUAAACAAGUAAAAGCAAACAAAACUUUUAUUUUUCCUUUUUCUGUCCUCAUCAGAGAGCUCACUUCUUUUUUUAGAAUCAUUUUUACUAACUACAUCCUGGAGGAAUGAUAAACUUUGGUGCUGAUGUCUCUGAUAAAUAAAAUCAUGUCUUCACAUUUUAAUUUUCAGAAUAUUUUGAAAUGUUGUCCCCCACAGUAAAGUGUUGCCAAAAAGCAGAACUACCGCCCUCUAGUGUUUCAGCACAGAGGUACAUUUCUUCAUAGUGCUGUCUCAAUUUGAAUGUUGGCUUUUUUUAUUUUUACUGCAUCUCAACUGUACAAUAAAUAUAUUUAAAAAAUGAUUUAAAUUAAAAGACUAAUUGCAAAACUUUUGUCUUUAAUUUUUUUUUAAAUGGGUGGGAAUAAAAACACACAAUUUGAGCAUUACACAUCUUUAUUUCUGCGUUUUUUAAACAAUGUUGUGGCACCCGGAUCUACAGUCUCAAAAUCGUGCACAAAAGUUUUUCUUUCCUGGAAAUAAAAUUUAAAAAGAAAAAAAAAACUGUAGCAAAGCAAAGAGCAGGAAUCUAGUGUUAACUCACAACCCUCUCUUUGACUCGUUCCAGAGCAUUCAUGGUUUCAUUUCUAACACGUUUAUUAACAAAUCAGGGUCCAGGAGUCGAUUCCCCCCUUUGGUAGUUUAAAAAAAAUCCUCAAUUUAAAACAAAUAAUCCAACUUUUUUUUGUUUUAGUAUAUAUAUAUUUAUAUAUAUAUGUCUAUACAAAAAAGCGAGGAUGACCCUCCGCUUCCGAUCCUUUGCCCUGAGCCCAAACCCCCAGAAUCCUCCCAUAUGAGCAAAAUAUCAACACAUGAACUUAGGACCAGGAAGAGGGAGGAAAAAAAAAAAAAAAAA